CCGAGUUCCGUUUCUUAGAGAUAAAGAGCUCGCUCGUCCCUUUCAUGGCGGAAUCAGCUGAGGACGCGAGUAGAAACGGGAGAGACGAUGAAGGAGAUGCAGAUUACAUGGGGGACCUCUCUCGCUUCCUUCCUUCCGAUGAACCUGACCCUCCUAAACGCUCCUCCAAAAAGAUUUUGAAUGCUAAACCCUUGCCUGUUCAAUCCUCCAACAAGAAAACCAAGUUCCUUAACUGGCAAGAAAGACGGAAACUUGAGAUAGAGCGGAAGCAACGAGAAGAGGACGAGCAGACUUUAGCCAAAAUCGAGGCGCCGAUCCCAGAAUCCAACAUUGGAUUCAAGCUUUUGAAGCAAAUGGGCUACACACCUGGUUCGGCCUUGGGGAAGGAGGGUGCGGGGAAGGCUGAACCUGUGGGGCUCAAGAUUCGGCGCUCACGAGCUGGUAUUGGAAGGGAGGACCCGCAUAAAGAGAAGAAAAAGCAGGAUGAAUUAAGGUCAGUGAAGAAGAGAAGGACAGAGGAGUCCUUGAUGGAAGAGUUUGGAUCCUGGCAAAAAUCACAGUGGCGGAGUCGGAGGAUAUAUGUAAAUUUUCACAAGGCAAAGGCUGCACUGGAUCAAUUAGAGAACAAGGAAUUUCCAGAGCCCGAGAAGAAUGAGGAGGAGGAGGAGGGUGAACAGGAUGAAGAGGAAGAAGAAGACAUUACGGAAGAGAAUUUGGUGGCUGUAUUGAUGAAACUACGAGAUGAGUAUAACUACUGCCUCUUCUGUGGAUGUCGGUAUGGAUCCAAAGAAGAACUGUUAUCCAACUGCCCGGGGACAGAAGAAGAUGACCAUUAGAAUGCCAGGACGAAAUGACUGUCCACUUGCCACAAACUUGAGUGGUGCAGCUCGUGAUACAGAAAAGACAGGAAGAAACUUGCUCUUAAUCAGAGAUUUUUGGGAUCGAUUUAUUUGGUGGAUUAAUUGGAUUUAUAACUCUGAUGCACCUCUAAGAAGCAACGGCUAGUCUGUUGUGAAAUCCCGUUUGUCUGUGAUUGCUACGUGGAUCGGAGGUGGUGCGACCAUGCCUGGUUGGAUUACUUGCCUUGUUUGAGGCAGGUGAAGAAAGGUCAUUAGGAUUUCUACUCACAUGCUCCAUUCCGUUGGAGCAUCGGACAGGGCUUGCUCUCCCAAUAGGUUUCUUGUAAUCAGUCGACAUCUCACUCAUGUAACAUUCAUUUGUAUAUACCACAAAGUGGGCCUAGCUUACUUCUCUUGACUGGCACUCAGAUUUUGGUGUUAAGAUUUAUGGUGCGUGAUC